AUGGACCUAGCUUCAGUACAAGACCUCAAAGACGUCCUCCGUCCAGACUUCUUCCACGGUUACGCCACAGCCGCAGCCCAGAUAGAAGGCGCCUGGAAUAAAGAUGGCCGAGGCGUUUCGAUCUGGGAUACAUUCGGCCACACACCAGGCAAAGUAGCCGAUGGCAGUAACGCCGACGAUGCAACACGCGCAUACGACUUCUACCGCGAAGAUGUCGCAUUAAUGAAAUCCUACGGUGUCAACGCAUACAGAUUUUCGCUUUCUUGGUCACGUAUUAUCCCGCUGGGGGGUCGAAACGAUCCAAUCAACGAACAGGGCAUCCAAUACUAUUCGAAUCUGGUCGAUGAGCUUUUGGCCAACGGGAUCACGCCCUUCGUUACACUCUUCCACUGGGAUACUCCACAGGCACUGGAAGAUCGAUACGGCGGGAUGUUGAAUCAGGAUGCUUACACGCCUGAUUUCAUUCGGUAUGCACGUGUGUGCUUUGAACGACUAGGCGACCGCGUUAAGCACUGGAUUACCUAUAACGAACCUGGCGUGUAUACACUCGCCGGAUACGCAGCCGGAGUACACGCGCCGGCCCGAUCUUCUUUCCGUGAACGCAAUGCGGAGGGGGAUUCAUCUACGGAGCCAUUCAUCGUCGCGCACACUGAGCUGGUAUCUCAUGGACAUGUCUCGAAAAUGUAUCGUGAAGAGUUCCAGCCCUCGCAAAAGGGUACGAUCGGCAUCACACUGCAUGGAAAUUGGUCCGAGGCUUGGGAUGAGGAGGAUGAGCGCGAUCAAGCGGCUGCGCAGCGUGCACGCGAGUUCGAGAUUUCCUGGUUUGCUGAUCCGGUUUAUAAGACUGGUGAUUAUCCUGCUUCUAUGCGUGCGCAGCUUGGUGAUCGACUCCCCCGCUUUACGGAGGAGGAGUCGAAGCUUGUGCUUGGGAGUUCGGAAUUUUAUGGAAUGAAUAGUUAUACGACUUUCUUCAUGAAGCAUAAGACUACGCCGCCAGAUAUUAAUGAUCAUAAGGGGAAUGUGGAGGUUUUUGAUGUGAAUAAACAGGGUGUCUCUCGCGGGGAGAAGAGUGAUACUGAAUGGUUGCGAGCUAAUCCUGGCGGAUUCCGGAAACUGUUGAACUGGAUUUGGGAUAGGUAUCAGACUCCUAUUUAUGUGACUGAGAACGGUACUACUGCGAAGGGGGAAGUGGCGCCGACGCCGGAAGUUCUGAAUGAUAAGUUCCGCAUGAAGUUCUUUGAGGGGUAUGUGGGAUAUGCGUUGGCUCGAGCUGUGAAGGAGGAUGGGGUUGAUAUUCGGUCUUAUUUUGCGUGGACCUUUACUGAUAAUUGGGAAUGGGCCGCUGGCUAUGGCGACCGAUUUGGAAGUACUUGGAUUGAUUUCGAGUCUGAGGAGAAAACCCGCUACCCCAAGCAGUCUGCUUACUACUUGGAUCGUCUAUUCAAGCACUUGAUUCGUGAGCAUGAUCAGACAUUUAAAAAGAAGCAUAUAACUAAUCGUUUUUGGAUUUUCCCCAACUCAACUCUACCGACAAACACCAUAGUCAUGCAUGCAGAACCAAUUAAACUGAUAUUGAAGGGAACCCCCCGAGAGUAUGCCAAGAUCGGCCUUGAACAUGGCCGUACUCUCCGAAACCAGAUCCGCAGUCAGAUUAGCAUCUACGAGGCCAUGUUCGCGUAUACCUCAAAGCUAUCCUGGCCCGAUGUCCGCGAGGUCGCUAAGGACUUCCAACCCGCACUGAAGUCGCUCGUCCCGGACAUCUAUACCGAAAUGGAGGGAAUCGCCGAAGGAGCAGACCUUGACAUCCUCGAUAUCGUCGCACUCAACUGCCGUAGCGAAAUAGCCCUUGGAAAAUUCUCCGAUGGUUGCACGACUUUAUGCUGGAAGAAAAGCGAAAAUGCGCGUGUGCUUUCUCAAAACUGGGAUUGGGCUACGCCUAUAGGUCAGAAUAUGGCCAUGGUAUCGAUUCAGCAGGUUGGCAAGCCAACGCUUUACAUGGUGACUGAGGCGGGUAUCGUUGGUAAAAUUGGGUUCAAUUCCGCAGGUGUCGGUGUCUGUCUAAACGCCAUUCGUGCAAAGCCGAUGAUAAGCAGCAAGCUCCCGAUUCACAUUGCACUGCGGCUGUGUCUCGAAAGUGUAUCGGUGGGCAGUGCUGUGAAAACUCUCGAGGCAUUAGGAGGUGUUGCAUCUGCCCAACACAUCCUUGUUGCAGAUAGCACUACUGCUCUCGCACUCGAACUGUCACCUGUGGGCAAUAAGUAUAUUCCAGAAAAUGAAGCAGGACUUAUCUCGCACACCAACCAUUUCAUCGAGAAUCGAUAUGUGGAGGAGCCUCCUUGGCUUUCAGGAUCUCCGAUUCGCUUGAAGCGGGUUCAGGAUUUGGCGCUGGAGCUCAUUGCAAAUGGGGCUUCGGGAGACGCUAUUACACCUUCACUACUACGGGAACAUAUUUUUUCUGAUACUUUCAAUGUUCCUCAGGCUAUCUGUUGCCAGGAAGAUCAGGGUGUCCAUGUUUCGAUCCGCGAUAACACUCUUUUUAAUAUUGUAAUGAAUCUGGAACCGGGGCGCUUGGGUGCUGAGGUUGUUUUUGGUCGUCCUGGGUCUGGCGAGGAGGGGCCCGUGCUCCAGAUGCCUUGGGUAUGA